AUGGACAAAGCAUUCGCUGAUCUGCGAGCUGCACUCUCAGAUGGUACGGACAAUCCCGAAGCAAAACAGGCUUUAGAGAGGGUUUUGAUGUGCAUUCAGGAACGGCAGGCACAGAGCACAGACUCGCUCUAUGACCUUGUUCGUAUUGCAACUAGUAAAACAGACAUUUUAUCAAAGCGAAUCAACGCUGCAAGAAAUCUAGCAUCGCUUUCUCACGAAGCCAAAGUGUGCAUGCAUAUUGUUCAGGACAACUUGUUUGAACAACUUGUUGAUGCUGUUUCUAAUGAGCCUGAUCCUGUCCUAUCUCGUGAUUAUGAUGAAUCCAUCGAUCCAUCACUUCGUCUUCUCCUUCUGCACACCAUCAGUAAUGUCACUGCCAUUCCCGAUGCAUCGGCUAUUGCCUCGAACUGCUUUUUGCGAGGUAAUGGCGGUGGUUUAGAAUCAUUUAUGGGAUCUGAAAGUCCUUUGUGCACUCGUAUUGCAACCGAUUGUGUUAUAUCUACUAUCACGUUUGCAGCAACCUGUAAUAAAGCCGAAGAUAGGCUUUCUAUAGCAAGAGCUACAAUUGCUCUCAAGGCUAUCGCUGCAAGAUGCGGACUAAAAUACAGCGCUUCCGUUCAAAAAACAUCGCUGGUCGCGUUAAUCAAGGCAUCUGCCAACCAAGAUCUGGUGUUGGCCAUUUUCACUUUGCCCGAGUUUGCCCUUGUUCUUCAGCAUGUUGCAAAUGAAGACGAAAGCUUUAGAAUGUCUGUUUCUGCUCUUCUUGCUCGCUGCUUUGAGCAUAUCUCACCCUCGAUCGAAGUCACUGUUUUAAAUGCAUUCAGCAAAACCAUUACUGCUUGCUUGAAUUCAAGUUUGUCGGCAGAAAUAUCGUGUGGACUAUUGGCUCUUGCUGCAGUUUUUGAUGCUCGUCCUAAAUUUGGCGGUGAACUGUUUAAAAAAACUAAUCUUUUAACUACCAUUGUUGAUCUCGAAGUAAAUGCGACUGCGGAAACCAAUCUGCAUAUUUGCAAGGCCCUCGUGAGUGCAUGCAAUGACUCGUCUACGCGCCAGGUCAUUUCCAGCCAAUGUGUUUCUCUUUUACUAAACUAUCAUCGCCAAACCAGCCAUGUCGAGUUACGUGCUGCAUCUUCGUUGGCUUUGAUCAAGCUUAUGUAUAUCAACAAGUCUGUUCAAGAAGAGCUUCUAAAAAGCGAUAAAAUACUCGACUUUUUUGCACAAAUACUCAAAGAUGAAACCAAAUCCAGUCUGCGAUGUCGGGAAAUGGCAAUCGAGGCAUUUUCAUACCUUUCCGCUAUUCCAAAUAUUAAAGAGAAGCUUUCCACCAAUACUGAGAUACUCAAGCUGUUGAGUAGCCGUAGUAUAGUGGAUCAGGGUCGUGCUAUUCAGUACGGCAUUGCAACCAUUUUGGCAAACAUCACAGCAUACCGCAAGCAACUUACUGCCGAGCAAAAACAUGCGCAAAAGCUACACGAGUUGGCCAAUGCACAAGCAAAGCAACCUACGCAAAAUAUAUCCAACAAUGAUCCAUUGGAUGAAGAUACUGCAGUUGCUGCGCGGGUCAAGCGAGUUGCUACUGCUGGAACACUUAAUACAUUGGGCACACUUUCAGGCUCAGAUAGCAUCAAUGUACGUGAUGCUGUGUCCCAAACUUAUCUUUCGAUUGCAACAGAUCAAAGUAUACGUGGAUUGGUGAUUCAACAAGGAGGGUGUCGUUCCUUGAUUGAACUGGCAACAUUAGGAUCCGAUACAGGAAAAACCAAUGCUGCCCAGGCUCUUGCAAAAAUUGCCAUUACGAGUGAUCCCAACCUUGCGUUCAAAGGGCAGAUGGUGUUUGAACUAGUACGUCCCUUGCUUAUUCUUUGCAAAGGAUCGUCGCAACUCUGCCAAUUUGAGGCAUUAAUGGCCUUGACCAACAUUGCAAGUGUUGGGGAUGAAGUACGAGCACAUAUUUUUACCAACAACGGUAUAAAAAUAAUGGAGGAACUUCAGUUUGCUGAUCACAUUGCGGUUCGUCGAGCAGCAACCGAAUCCCUAUGCAACAUGAUGUAUUACUAUAAAGUGAUGGAAAUGUAUACUGACUUUGGUAGCUCACCGCGUCUCAAGAUCAUGGUUGCGUUGUCGGAUUCAGAAGAUUUUGCUACACGUCGAGCUGCCUCGGGAGCUAUUGCAGUGCUUUCAAGUGAUGAAAAGGCAGUGAAUAGCAUCGUAAAACAGAAUCGAGUAUUUGAAAUUCUGGUAGAUUUGGCCAAGGAAGAAAGUCCAGAGUUGAAGCAUCGUGCGAUAGAGUCCAUAAAAAACAUAGCCAUGACUAGCAAGGAAAAUGCGCAGAUGUUUAUAAAUGCAGGUGUAGUGCAAAUUCUGACACAACUUGCAAAGGGAAAUGACCCGAGUAUUGCUGAAGCGGCCGUUUACGCUUUGAAAUAUGUGGUAUAACUUUCGAUCAUGUAAAAAAUCUACAUUGGGAUAUAUGAAUACUAGAAAGGCCAAGGGGAACAUGGCUUGAUUUUAACCAUCUCUAAUGUGAAUUUUAAUGAAUGCGUUCUUUUUGAUUUACUGAACAUGGGUAGUGUAAUUGAACAAAUAAAUCUGUUUUUG